UGUAGAGUGACACUCUCUACCAUAGAGAUGUGAAACCAUCGCGAGUCUUUCCAUCUCGGUCUCUCAGACUUACAAAACCUUCGCGAAAACCGGCAUCCCCACCCGAGUCGCCAUGGCGAGCACGGUUGAGGUACCCCAACAACCGUCCGACCCCAGUACGCUAAACGACCUCCGACUCUUCCUCGCGGGCACGUCCGGCUAUGAAAGCAAGAUCAAGAGCGGCGACGUCGCCAAGGCGGCCAUCCGCCUCCUCAAGACGCUGCCGGUGGCCCGCGAAGCCGUACUCGAGUACAUGCACAACUUGUUCGACGACGCCGUCAACCGACACAUCAUGCGCCUCGACUCCGAGGACACCGGUGUGCCGACCGAUCUGUCCGGGGAACGCGAGAUCGCCGUCGACGAGGUGCAGGCCGUCCUGUCCGGGUUCAUCAAGAGCAACCUGAACGCUUGGGCCCCCAUUAUCUCGACCUGGUCGCUCGAGCUGCUGGGCCACCUGACGCGCAAGUACGCCGACCGCAGGAUCGUCCACUACUCGUCCAGCCUGCCCGAGGUCUUGCAGAUAUGGAUGGCGUGCCCGCCGACCAGGACACUAAUGGACCUGACCACGCAGUGCUUGUCCACGCUGAUCGACACCGAUCCGGAUAGGUGCAUUGACGCCCUGCUAGAGACGUCGGUGCAGCACUCUCCCCACUUUGACUGGGUGGUGGCCCACAUCGGGUCCUGCUUCCCAAACACGGUUAUCACCCGUGUUCUUGCCUGUGGUCUCAAGGACUUCAUCAGCCACGAAGAGGACCAGGACAUGGGCGGCGAGAGGACACGGGUCCCAAAGUUGGCCUCAGUCGUGGGCAUUCUGGGCCAUUUGGCCGGACAGCAUUCGGCCGACAUCCGAAGGGCCCUGGUGGCGCUGCUGCAAGACAGCUUCAGCGCCAGUCCCACGAGGGAGCAACUGGCCACGGUGCCUUUCCUACUUCAGCUGGCGUCCAUGUCGGAACUCCUCCUUACGGCCAUUGUCUCCGAGUUUACUCGUGUUGUGUCUGCGGACAUGCUGAACAAGCUCUCUGGCCUGGUGGCAAAGUGGGAGUCAGCCAAGAUUCCGGGGACCAGAGACUUGAUGAACCUCACCGUCAUCCUCAUGGUUCAAAGUGGCACCGGGGACCUUAGAUUUCUCGCUCAGGUGCUCGACAUUGCCGCUGGCGAGAGCGACUUUUCAAAGUCCCUUCUUCCCACGGUUCAGAGUGCAGCCGGUAUCCUUCUGGACAGCGUGCUGCUCGAAAUGCAGCACAGAGUCUAUGCGGGCAGCGGCGACAUCCCGCUCCUGCUGGCGCUGGAGCGCCGUCUGAAUGAUGUCUGCGCAUGGCUGGACACCCGCUGCGGCCCUCGCACCCUCUGGCUCUGGAACGUGCUCGCCCUCAUGUGCGUUCACAGCAAGGAGAAAACCUGCGUGACCGUCCUCAGUCACCUGCUGUGCCGCUCCACCGGUGGUCCCACGGAACUGCUGCUCUUCCAGGGCCUGGUGCAUCAGGUGGAGGUUGUGCACGUCAACAGCCUCCCGCACACACUCUCACACCUGAUGGCCGAACUGCGGUCGGGCCGUGUCCCGGACCCCGCCCGUCUCGUCCGCAACCUCCAGACGCUCGCGGCGAGCCCGCAGUCCGGACCCCGCGUCAGCACUGCCGUCUGCCAGUCCGCCGAGGUGCUUGCAGAGCAGAUGCGGCUUACUUCAGCUCCAGAGUACGCGGACCUUCUGGCCGAACUCUUGUCGACCUCGGUGCGCCCAGAGGCCAUGUCUUCGACCGCAGUGGUCAAAGUGGCAUCUUCGGCGGUGGCCUACUUCUUUUCGGUGGUGUGCCGACCAGAGUGGUACAACGGCGGGCGUAAGUUCCAAGCAGCUUGCGUGUGCAUGCGUCUGCUCUCGACACUUUGUGUGCGGCCGGCGGCUCAGCAGCUGGCACUUCGGGACCUCCUUCGGGGCAGCCUCAACGAAGAGGUGUCGUGGCGCUUUGGUUCGUCGCCGCGAAAACGCGAGGUGCGGCGCACAACGCCAUUCGUGGCUCUCCUCGAGGAGAACCAGAAGUUUGCAACGUCCAUAAACUUCCCGCAGAGUCCAUCAUCGAUUGUUAGGGUCGGUGUGAUUGGGUCAGGGCUGAGGAGCGUGGUGCCGCCACCGGCCAUUGCGGCGGAGCAGGUGGUGCUGAACAAACAGCUGUUGCUGGAGACGCUGACUGCCUGCUGUGCUCUGCCUUGGGUGAACGAUCAGCCGGCUCCGCGCACGUCGCCGGUUGCAGGAAUGAAAAUUGUGGCACUGUUGCUCGUGGAGAUGGUUUCUUCAGAUGUCAUGUUCAAUGGACUACCCUGGCCUGACGAGGAUUUUCUUAAGGUGACCAUGGAACGUGACCUGCACAUCCAGGCGAUGUUUGUGGAGCACCCUGUGCUCUGGGACCUCCUGCACCUGGUGGCCUCCGUGCGUCCGUCGCUCUGCUACUGCAGCGUCCUUCUCCGGGCCGUGAUGGCCGUCGCCAUGACCCACUGGCGCAACUGCCAAGAGAAAGCCGCCGCCAACAGCCCCAAGCAUCUGGAGACGACGCAAAGGGUACUGCGCAUUAUGUCGGAGGGGCAGCUCUUGCCUCCGCCCAUGACAUCCACCAGUGAGAUCCUGGAGCUGCUGACACCGUUCGAGGUCUUCUGCCUCCUCCAGGAUAUCUGGCAGUACAUGAGGGACAACGUGCCCAGCCCUGCGCUCUUCGCUCCACAGAAGAAUGGCGCUGCCGGCGGCGGACAGCUGUGGCGGGAGUUUAAGCCAGACAAUGGGGACAGGAAGUACCUGGAGAGGCUGAGGAUGAUUAUGAUCAGCAACAUUGAGACCUGCGGACCAGUGUUCCAGAAGUUCUUCAGCAUCGACUAAGGGCUGCAUCGACUUAGAGAUGCUACGGGCAUUUGUGUCGGACCUCAAGCCUCAACAUUGUAUCCCACUCUCUGCAGACUUGACCAGCAACAUCAGGACCUGUGGACCUAUGUUCCGCAAGUUAUUUGGCAUUGACUGAGGGCUGCAUCGAGGUGAAGAGGUGACACGUGUAUUCGCGUCGCACCUUGAGCCAUAAUGUUUUAUCACGCUCCCGGCAGACAUAACCAUCAACAUUGAGGUAUGUGGACCCAUGCUUCGCAGACUUGAGCACGGUACCACGGCCUUGCCUGUGGUAACCAACAAAAUGUAUCACCCAGUGGUAUUGUGAUCGGCAACUUUAGAAAGAUAUCAAGACCGGUGUCCUGGAAGUUCCUCUGCAUUGACUUGAAGCUGACUCCCUGAGAUAGCAUCUAAAGUCUAAUCUGUGCUUUCAGAUCUUUUGCAUGAGCAGUGUCUUGCUCAGUGUAUCUUCAAACAGCAAUGCUGAGAGCUUUAGGCAUUGCAAACUAUGGCUAGGGCUUUACCAACCGAACGCAAGAAGUGUGCCUUCAUCUGCCAACGUGGGAUCUUGCAUUUUGACACUUAUUGAAUAGGCUACAGUAUGAACCAAAUCUUUGACAUUCAUGAGAAUUGACCGGGAGCUUGCAUCUCAAAGUGAGACAGCUUUCAGUUAUCAGGGGUUUGUUUUCCUUGCCUUCUUUCUCAUAGGUGAAAGUUUUAAAAAGCCACACUUAAAGGGGCCCUGCAAGGACUUUUUUCUAGUUCUUAAUUUGCACCGAACCUGGGUGCACUAAACGUAGUAACCUAAUGAAACUUUUUUUUUCUCGAAUUUCGCUUUAUUUUAAAAGUUAUAGGCGAAUCAAAAUUAAAAAAAGAAGCAAAAAAAUAACCUCCUUCAUAACAUCCUUGGUCGCUUGAGUGGCUGUGAACUAGAGGAGCGGUAGUGAGCUCAGCGAGCGUUUAUGGCUACCGCACUCCGUGCCGACGUCUCAAGAGUCGAGAGGGUGCCACUAAAGCAUGUGCUGGAUAGGCUGUAUGAAGUGAGCGGCCAGGGUGGCUCGCAUUGCAUUUGCUGCGCGAUUAAACACUAAUUCGGCAUGACACUUCAUUGGCAACAAAUGACAGCAAACACGGGGUAAAGAUCAGCAAAGAAUGGGAGCCACUUUGAGCUUCCAUACCGCCAAACCACAAGCCAGACCUGCUCGCCGAAGGCCUUCAGAACGCUCGGAACCGGUCGGAUCCUCGAGCCCGUAUACGACUGCUGCGCCGCUGCGUGCAUCCCCAACCUUUCUACACUCGCCACUCGUUGGUGCCUGAUCCCUCUACCCCUUUCUAGUAUGUGCCGCCUUUUCAACCGCUUGGUGCCAAGUAUGUUGACGGGUCACUUCUUGUUUCCGUACUUUAUAAACUAUUUGUUCCUUUUCUGAUCAAAAAUACUGAACA